CGCGCCGCGGGCACGUCUCAGUCGUCCGUCUGGAGUCGCGGCGGCCGGCCGGGCCGCGCGACGCAAUACACGUUCCUCGUGCUCUUGUGAUUAUAAAUAUUAAUAAAUACAAAAUUCAAAAAAAAAAAUUAAAUUAAAAUUAACCGCGUCUAAUCGAAAAUAUUUUUAGGCUAAAACAUCCCGACCCUCACUUUUUUAACCUAUAACUGUUGGCAGUGGAAGAAAGUUUUUUGCAAAAUUUUUAAUAUUUAUGUCGGUUACAUUUGUAAAGAGAUUAAAACUUUUGGCCGUUAUUGAGAAUAUUUUUAUUUGAGAAUUUAUUUUUCCUAACUAACGAGCGACUACUCGAGUGAACGAUUGAUGAUAAAUUACAAGUUAAGCGUUGAAUUAAUGAUAAGGAUUUAGGUGUAUAGUAAAAUAAUUAUUGACUGCCACAAAUGUACUUGUUCAAUAUAGGACCUGCUUAGUUUACGAAUAUUGUGGUUUAUGAACAUUGGACAUUUUGUGCAUCAAAUUACGAAAGAAUCGGCAACAAUAAGAUCCUGACCAACAUUACCGAGAAUAAUUCCGGUGGCAUCGAUAUAUGUAAUUUGAAAUUGAUUUAGAUCUAUUGGAGGCCUCGGGCAUAUUUUACAUCGGAUAAGUGUAAAAAAAUCAUAUUAAUGAGCGGGCGAUGCGGCGCGAGUAGCGCGGUGGGGCCCUGCCCGCCGCCCGCACAGCCAAUCGCGGCGCGCCUCGCCUAUGAUGUCAUCGGAGGAGGAGGCCGACUCACACGCGCCCUACUCGGAUAAACUGCUGAAGAAACAGAAACGUGCGAGACAGCGCGUGGACGCCGGUGAGCCGCGCAAUUCUUAUUCGACUCUCGCGACGAACGGACCCGCGCCCGCGCGCGUCGCACACAUGAGCGGAGGACUUUACGGCGCCAUCUUCGAGGGCCGCCAACACUUCGGCCUCUUUGGUCCGGGUUACCCGCCUGCGGAAAUGUUAAACGAAUUACUUGGACGGACGCCUAUGCAAGAUGAUACCGGUGAAGAAGCGGCUGGUGCAGAUUUAACACAUCGUGUACUUCGGGACAUUUUACAGAAUCGCAAGAAAGAGUUAUUGCGACUUUCUCCAGAUAAUAACAACGUGCUUGCAAAUAAUAAUAAUGACGAGCCAAAAGAGAAGCGAUCUCCAGAGCGACCUGUUUCACGGGACUCCCGGCCGGAUCUCGAUGAGGCUCUUUUAGCAUUGGACAGUGCUGGUGACUCGCGCACUUCGCCACCUCCAGCACCACCGCCGUCCGAACCUCUGAUCGCUCCUAAAUCCGAACCUGAGGAUCGUGAUAGUGACGCUCAACGUUCUUCUCCGCGACCUCUCGAUGUAAAACGUGCUCGUGUUGAAAACAUUGUGUCAACUAUGCGUGCUAGUCCUGCGCCUCAACAGCCACAAGUGAACGGUUGCAAAAAACGAAAAUUAUAUCACCCACAGCAACACGAUGGUGCAGCGGAGCGCUAUGGUACGAGUCACGGCGGUAGUGCACAGACAGUAUCGGACGAAUCCGAGGAUGAUGGUGAGCGACCACCUAUUCAACAAAAAUUAGUAGAAAAGAAUGCUUUAAAAUCACAACUUAGAACUAUGCAAGAGCAACUUGCAGAGAUGCAAGAGAAAUAUAUGCAAUUGUGCAAUCGUAUGGGACAAGAGUCAGAAACAAUCGAUAAUGAUGGUGCUUCUAGUGAUGUAGAACAGAAUGACGAUCCUGUACCUAAGUCAGAACCAGCGUCGCCAGCAAAAGAGGUACCACCUCCUAUACCAAAUAAUGCUACGCCUAACAUGCUUUCACAAGUAAUGAGUAAAAUGAUGUCAGCAAAAAUGCACGUUCAUGCAGCAGCACAUCAGCACCUUCCACCUGGAUUCAAUGGUUCGUUACCUAUGAUACCUCCACUACCUCCAAGUGACCACAUACAUCCACCUCACCCACACCAGCACUUAAAUAGUGCCGCAGCGAUGUAUCUCAAUGUCAGCCAAAAACUAUUUCUAGAACAACAAGAAGCCAGAAUGAAAGAAGUCUCUGAGCAUCAACAUCAACAGAAUAAUCAACAACAGAGACCUCUAUCGAACCAGCCUUCACCACAGCAGCGGCAACUUGGCCAAACGCCAAAGCCUCCGUUGUCUUCAGAACUGGCUGAAAGGCUCGACGCGAUUAGAAAUAGCACAGGUCCUGUGGGACCAGUUUCAGGCGCUGACCUCGAAGGAUUAGCAGAAGUGCUAAAGAGUGAAGUCACAGCAUAUUUAGUCAGUCUCAUCGACUCCAUUGUAACGCGUUUUGUGCAUCAGCGUCGAAUAAUUGGAAAACAGUCGGAGGCUGCAGCGGCGGCAGCGGAGCAACUCAACAAGGAUCUGAUGCGAGCAACGCGGCUACUGGAGAUAAAGUCACCAACACCGAAGCCAGUGGAGCGGCCGUCGGGGCAAUUAUCAGGUAAUACACCCGUCCAUCAUACGGGUGCGCCUAAUGGCGUCCCGUUUAUCACACAUAAUCCGAUGCUGAUAAGCCAGAUGAACGGCCCCCGCGCGCCAGGUGGAGCGGCAUUUCCGCUGCACACCGAGGCGAGCGGGCCCGGACAUGGCACUCAUGUGCGGCCUCCGACAGGCAUGUUCCAGACGCCGCCAAAACCACUUGCGAACCUCUACGGGUCCAUGAACGGGCACUUCGACCGUGAACCGAACCCUGAGCAGAACGAGGCACUCAGUCUCGUAGUCACACCGAAGAAAAAGCGGCAUAAGGUGACGGAUACUAGAAUAACGCCGCGGACCGUAAGCAGGAUUCUCGGAGAGGGCGUAGGGCACUCGCCUGAGAGUAAAUUCCCGGAGUCACCGUCCCCGCGGCCGUACCCUGGUGGGAUGGCGUUACCUACAUCGGUGGCGAUACCUAAUCCUUCGCUGCAUGAGAGCCAAGUUUUCUCACCGUAUUCACCAUUCUUCACGGCUGGGGGCGGGUUGGCGCGAUCGCCACCGGCCCCGGAGCGUGACUCACCACCCCUGCCUCAUGCGCCUGUGCUGUUACACCCGGCGCUAAUGGCAGCAGCGCAUCAUGCGUCGCCCGACUACCUGAGACAUCACCAUGCUCAUGUACCGCACCAUGGUGGGGCUCCGCAUCAUCCACACCACAUGGAUACACAAGACCCUCACUCAGAUAAUAACUCCACAGACCUGCCUUACGACGGAGUUCAGCCUACUAUAUCCUUUUCAAAUAGAUGAUAAUUAAAUUUACUUUGUUCCCUAGAUUGAAAGUCAAGUGAACUCAACACAAUAAACGAAAUCCGAGCUAAUACGAGUAGUAAAUCCUCGGCCGCAAAUGCCCACAGAUAUCUUAUUUCUGUAGUGUUUAACCUUACGACUGUCACCGCCUAUUUCCUACUUAGUAGUUAGGUGUUACGACUUUUGAAGCUCUACAAAUGCUGCGGUCUCUAUAUUUUCCGCAAUACUUUCCCAUAUUUCAUAGCAUUAGUCUUUUAAGGUCAUAAGUUAUUUACAGAAAGUAAAAAAAGAAUUGCUAAAUGUUUAUUUGAAAAACUGCAUUACAACUUUUCGGAACAUGUUAAAAUAAAUUCAAUUUACUUACAAAUACAGUGCAUAUUACUUUAAAUUAUAAACAAAACGGUCUGGUUACCGAUUUACUCAUACGUAGAAAUAACACACAUGGAUAAGGCACAUUAUAAGAUUAGAAAUGCAAACGGAUUAAGUAUUUGUGGUGCUUCAUUGCCUACGAUACGCC